AUGAUUAGCCGAAGUUGGGGUAUUGAACUUUGGGACCAAUUUGAUAAUGUUACGAAAUAUACAGAAAAAAGUAUUCAGUUCUGUGAAAAGUACGAAGCAUUUCUCAAAGAUCGUUGCACUGUGGAAGAUGAUUAUGCAAAAGCUUUAAAGAAAUUAACCAAAACUUAUACACCAAAACACAAAGAACAAGAAGAAUUCCAUAAUAAAUACUCGUAUACAUUAGCAUUCUGUUCGACUUUAAGAGAAUUACAAGACAUCGCAUCUCAACAUGAAAUUAUCGCUGAUAAUUUACGUGAGCGCGCUAUCAAACAGAUACAAAUAACAAUUAAAGAAUGUCGUGAGCAAAGGAAGAAGUGUCUUGACGAGUACAGUAAAAUCAAACGACAGCUGGAUAAACAGCAUGAUCUGAUGAUCAAAUCACUUCGAAAAUACGAAGAGUGUCAUGAUUCUGCUCGUCGUGCAAAAGAAUGCUACGAGAAAGCUCAUGAGGAUCUCGAUUUAUCUCGUGCACAGCUAGAAAAGACACGUGAUUUAAUGACAGUCAAAUCGAAAAUCUCGGAUGAUGCUCAUACAAAUUAUUCAACUCAAGUCUCGGCCUAUAAUGAUACUCAGCGUUCGUUUUACGAACGACAACUGCCAAGUAUUCUGUGUGAUCUACAACAACUAGAUGACAAACGUUCGAAUGAACUGAAGAAAGUCUAUUCAAAUUUUGUUCAAUCACAUAUGGAAGUUUUACCACGUGUGCAACGAUGUCUUGAUGAAAUGUCCAAACAAAUCGAACAGUUGAAUCCUGCUGCAGAUGCCCAAGUAGUUAUCGAUGAAUAUCAGACUGGCUAUGCCAUUCCUGAUGAUCAAAAACCGAUCGAUUUGAAUGCAGGUGAUCCUUUGUCCUCGUCACUUCCAUUGUACAAUGGACAUGAACAAUCGAUAUACAAGGAAUUUACGCGCUCGAACACUCUGAGAAGCACAAAUAGUGAUUACAUGAGUCAAAACGGUAUUGCAACAAUCUAUGCACCUAGUAGUCAUAUUAAUGGAACACAGACAUUAGCAGCAGGAACACCAGCAAUACCUUCAAGGAAAACCAGUGGUGCAGCUAACACGAUAAGAAAACUAUUUGGAAGUUCAACACAAAGAAAGGCGUCCAAUGCGAGUAACAUUAGCGCCAUGACAAUUAAUGCACCAUUUGGCGGUUUGCCACCUGCUCAACGUGUACGCAAGUUUCAAGAACAGAUUCUUAAUUGUAAAAAUGAAUUAGAGAAGAAACAGAAAGCCAAAGAAGGUUUGGUAAAAAUGAAAUUCGUGUUUCAAGAAAAUCCCAAAUUUGGCGAUGAACAAGACGUUGCACAGCAGAUUGUUUCCAUGGAUGAAAACAUAGAGAAAUUAUUAGCGGAAAUCAAACGUUUCGAAGCAUACAUAUUAGAAAUUGAGCGAACGAGAAUACCAACAUCAUCCGAUAUAGACCUAUCUUCACGUUCACGUACCAGUUACGAUUCCGAUCAAUCAAUCAGCAAUCAAAACCUCGAUACGGCCUCACAAAAUCGAAGUUCGUUGUAUUUUCAACAACAUCAAUAUAAAUUCCUCCAUUUCAAUCGACGUUGGUCGACGACGGUUUGUUCAUCGGAUAUUCCUGAACAGAUUGGUAAUGGGAUUUAUGAUCAAACGAAUGAAUUCCAUUGUUUACCAUCGAUAACAUCAAUGACAGUACAUCAAAUUGAUACGCCGACACGCGAAUCGAAUGGAUCGUUCGAAGAUGAAGAUGCUGAUCAAGAUCAAAUCGACAAUCAAGAUUUCGAACAAACAAAUCAAGAAAACUAUAUCAAGGCGUACGCACUCUACGAUUUCAAUGGUCAAGGAAGCAAUGGCUGUCAGUAUGUGAAUGCCGCAUCAAUCAGUGUUGGCGAAUGUGUUGACAUUCUCGAAGAUGACCAUGGUGAUGGUUGGACGCGUAUACAAAAAUCAGACGGUUCAAGUGGCUUUGUUCCAUCAUCAUAUCUUCCGUCAAUCCCAGUCGUCAAAUAUGAAGUGACCACCAAACCAGCCUAUAACUGA